CUCUCCGCGGAAUUUUGCUGCUAUCCCGCAGUCACAGUUGACCAAUGGCAUCAUUGUGAGCAUCCGAACCGACUUUAGUACGGCAGCAACAGGCUGGUUCUCCUCUCGCCCGGCAGUAACUGAAAGGAUGUGAAAUGGUACGAGUGUCAGAAAAGGCAGAACCAUCGGUUUCUUCUUGAAGACAAAGGACGUUGGCGAGCCAGCACUGGACAUCAGUCCGACGCUGUUCAGCCAAAAAAGAAGGUCGGCACAAAGAAGCAGGGGCACCCCAGCAAAAGUGACAAAACAUUAUACGACAAACGUAUUCAAGGACGACGACAAACGUCGAGUUCCAUAAAUCUAGUUCCGCGCACCGAAAACCGGUUGCUUUGCUUUACCCAUCUAAUCGCUCCUGAGAGAUUGAGCUUAAGCCAGCAGCAGGUCGGCAAGGGGAAGUUUCAGAUAUCGUUUAACCAUUUAUGUAGAUGCAAGAUGGUGUUCAUCAAUCGGAUUAGCAAAAUGUCUUGUGCUUUGUUUUGGAUAUUUAUGGCUGCUGCAACACGCGGUUUGGAACGAGCUCAGAAAGGAGCCGGUAGUGAGGCAUUUACUGAUCUUGAGGGAGCUCUCAGCACAACUGUUCAAGGACGAUGGAAGUUCCCUACGGAAAAUGAAGGGGAAUGCUUGAGUCCCAUACAAGAAGUAGGAAUCUGCAUAAUGGUGCGAAGAUGCCCCGGUCUGUUAACAAUUCGCGAUAUCAACCAACUUCGCCGCUUCAUCUGUGGAUUCGAGGGCAAGACACCACUGUUAUGCUGUCCCUACAGUUACCAGAAUUCUACGCCAAGCCCAGAUCCCGUAGCAACUGCAGCUAAACCGCAAUUUGCCAACCAGAAGCCGGACAAAGGUUCACCUCCUGAUCAGCAGGAAACAGUAAUCUAUCCGGGCACCCUACCUAAUGACAAGUAUCCGAACCGACUGCCGCAACAACCGCGACCGGCUCCCGUUUUUCCUCAGUUUGGUAUAGCAUCUGUACGACCUGAGCAACCGGCACGACCCGAAGGACAACAUCCGCCGAAAGAACGCCAGCCAUCUCAGUCUAGACCGCGUCCAAAACCACCAUCGCUUCCUCUACCUGCUUCGUCAGUUGACCCUAGUAUGGGUAGCAUACGUCCGUUCCCUCCUGGCAGACCUGCUAAACCUAACUUCUUGCCACAGACCUGUGGUUUUUCAAACGUUAGUCUUAGUCGUAUUGUCGGCGGAAGCGAUGCUCAACCUGGAGCAUGGCCUUGGAUGGCAGCAAUCUACGUGCGGUACAAUGGAUUGUCGACGCAUACAUGUGGAGGAGCUCUGGUCUCCAGCAAACAUAUUAUAACGGCUGCCCAUUGCGUCGGAAUAGGAACCCGUCAGCAAACAUUACCACCAAGUAUUUUCGUUGUUCGUUUGGGGGAUCAUAACCUCCAGACGACAAACGAUCUACCGCUAGGUUCUACAUUUGAAGUCGCAGCAGCAGGGAUACGGCGUCAUUCCGCCUUCGACCCCCGAACCUAUCUCAACGACAUUGCUCUGCUACUCUUAACAGCUGAAGUACCGUUCACGCGCUAUAUACAACCUGUCUGCUUACCUUACGAAGCGGUGCCCGAAAACAUAGCUGGACACUACGGAUUCGUAACAGGAUGGGGUUACACGAAAUUUGGAAGAGGGUCUGGAAGUGAUGUUCUUCAGCAGGCCCAGGUGAAGAUCUGGAGCCAGAAGGAGUGUGCUGCGGCCUUUCAGAAGGAGGUAACAAUAUCCGAAGAAUAUAUUUGCGCUGGAGAUGGAUUAGGCCUACAGGAUUCUUGCCAGGGAGAUUCCGGUGGUCCGUUGGUAUUUUUCGAUGACGACCGAUUCUACCUGAUAGGGAUCGUUUCAUUUGGUAAACGAUGUGCAACACCGGGAUAUCCAGGAGCUUACACACGGAUCACUAAAUACCUCGACUGGCUUAAUCUUAACUUUUGAAGCCGACUGUUCGGCCACAACCCGAUUACUCGUCUUAACAAAUGCUCAAGAUGUCUACCACCAUACCACUGUCAAGCCAGAGCUGGUUAUAAACAAGUUAUUGUAGGAAAGCGUAUUUAUUUAUCGUACCUACUAUAGUAUAUAGGUAAGCCUCAGGAACAUUGUAAAUAGAAAAUCGAGCCUGAUGGAAGUGAAGGUUUGUUAUGCUCGUCGACCGAGGCAGAGCCUAACUUGAAAAAAAUACAUUUACUUCAUUGUUUUUUGUCGAUGUCUUAACUAACUGAAUUCGUUUUUGUUUAUGCUGCAAUGUGACCGCCCUGUCUCAUUAAAACGCUCAUUGUUCGGUGUGCUGUCUUGAAAAUAGCGAUGAGAACUAUCAGACAAUGCUAGCAUAUGGAAUCAAUCAUAACGUUCAGUCAUUACUCUGUAGCAUUAAUUAUCGCUUUCAUGUUUGUAAAUAUAAUGUAUCUGUAGAUAUAAACGUAAUAAAAAUGCA